AUAUUACAGCUGUGUGAAUUGAAGAGGGAGAAGGAGAAGGCAAGUAAUCCAGGCGACAAGUCGAAGACCAGACGGGUGCGAUUUGAACCCUGGCAGAAUACCAAGGGGGUGACAUGGCUACAAGUCCUCGUGAGCAGUUGGAACAAAGGGAAGAAGGCCCAGAUUUUGUGAAAGAGCUUCUCACCCAGCAGGAAGACAUUCACAAUCAUCUGAAAGAACACAAUACAAAAGAUGCCAAGAUACCUACAAAUCAAGAAGAAGUGAACGGCAGCACAAACGGCCUGCAGGAGGAACAGAAAGGCACACUCCACAUUGUUGAGAAAGAUCUCGAUGAAUUUGUGGAUAGCAUGAGCGAAGCCACAACAUCUGGGCUUCCUAAGAAAUCACUCGAAGCAGAGAAGCAUCUGUUGACCGAAAUGGCCACUAAAUUGCCUCGGGCCGAGCAAGUUGCAGCAAAAGUCCUGAGGGCUGAAAGGGUGGUUGAGAGAGCCCAACGGGUAGAAAAACCACCCAUAUUGGAAAAGGCGGCGGAGAAAGUGCCAAGGGUCGAAAAGGCACCGCAAGCCGAGAAACCACACCUAACAGCACCCAAGUUUGUCUCUGUGAAGCGAAAAACAGAAAGCCGAGCUGCUAAGGACACGCUGCCUUGGGAAAAUCUGUCUUUGAACAAAUGCAUUCUGGUGGCAACUUUCCUGGCUCUCCUCAGUGUGAGCUGUCAGGUGGUUCAAGAGGUAGUAGAAUAUGGCGGGGCUGUUCUUGAGGCCGAGCUGAGCGCCUGGACCACACAAGGAGACAGUCCUGGGGAACAGGAGCAGCUGUGGUUUUACGAACGGUGGUUUGAUUGGUCGGACAUGGAUGAACCUCCUGAAAUAGAGGAGGAGGAACUCCUGGAAGUAGAGGAGGAACUUUUAGAAGUUGAGGAAGAAGAAAAAGAGGAGGAGGAGGAGCCUUUGGAGGGUGGAGAAGAUGGAGAAGAAGAGCCAGAGCCAGUAGAAAUCGAAGAGGAAGAGGAAGAAGAAGAGGAAGAGGAAGAAUCAGAGGAAAAACCAGUCCCAAAAGUGGGCCUCAGGAAAAUCCAGGAGAAAAUCAAACGAGAAACGCCUUCCAAGAAUAAAAGCCGGAAAGACCGCAAAGCUCAGGAGGACGAUGAAGAGAAGCAGCAGCUUCGGGAUAAGAGACAUCGCUGGGAAGGGAAGGGGAAGGAGAAGCAGGAGGAGGAGAGGAAGAAGACCCACCGCCACAAACAUGGUGAAACAGCCCAUCCACUGAAAGAGCGUAAGGAAGAGCAUCCCUCACUGGAUAAAAGAAGGGGGCACCCCAAGGAUGAGCACGGCAAGGGGAGAGGCCGCCUCAAGCACGAGAAGGACACCAAGGACAGAAAGCCCUGGCAGGUUCAGAAGCCCCUCUUCCCACCACCCAAGGACAGUGCCAAGACUUUGGGGCGGCCCAAAUCUCAGGAGUGGAAAAGGCACGACUGAGAUUUAAGGACUGCUGAUUUUUGAGGUCACUGCGGCAAGGGAUAUGCGUCUUCCUCUCGCUCUCACUCUCUCCUGCGCCUCCUUUCCCUGAAAGUGUGGGGGGACACAAAAAGACACCCAGAUUUGAAGCUGGGUAGCUCCCGUUGAGACUGGUCCCCGAAAGGCACGUUUGGCUUCUCCCGGGUUGGAAGCGAGAGGUGCCUUUUCUAUGCCUUCCUAGGAUCCUUUGGUAGCGGUGGCACCGGCAACCCCAAAUUCUCAGGAGGGGAACAGGAGUCACUUAGCAGAUCAGCCUUACCUGCUCCACCGCUCCCUCAGAGUCAUUAAGGUAAAAGUAAAGAUUCCCCGGCUUUAGGGGACGGUGCUCAUCUCUGUUACAAAGCCAAAGAGCCAGCACUGCCUGAAGACAUUUCUGUGGUCAUGUGGCUGGCAUGACUAAAUGCUGAAGGCGCACGGAACGGUGUUACCUUCCCGCUAAAGUGGUCCCUAUUUUUCUACUUGCAUUUUUACAUGCUUUACAUUUUACAUGCUAGGUUGGCAGAAGCUGGGACAGGGAACGGGAGCUCACUCCAUUAUGCAGUGCUAGGGAUUCAAACCGCUGAACUGCUGAUCUUCCUGAUCGACAAGCUCAGAGUCUUAGCCGCUGAGCCACCGCGUCCACCGCGUCCCCCAGAGUCAUUGGAGAACCUCAAAAAAAAGCACUUCCUUCCUUCCUGUGUCCUUUACCUGCCCAGUUAUCUCCAAAUGAAGUGCCAAUCUUGAUUUCAUAACAGAGGAAGCCUUAAACCUUUGUACGGACCUCAGUCCUUGACUCGAGAGAGCCUCACACUCACACACACCCAAGGGGGUGUUAUUGCCCAAACCCUUAUUAUACAGAGAUUUGCAGCAGGAAUGUGUGAACUGCCUCUCUUGUACACAAUUGCGUGUUUUCUUUUCUUUUCUUGAGUUGAUACCAAAGCUGUAUGUUUAAAACUGGAAUUCUUCAUUCAGAAGUGUAGCAAAAAAAGUCUGUAUGCUGGAAUGGACCUUAGAUGUUUUUAGCAACUCCCAUACCUCGAUUGAUAGAUAUCUCAACUUUAUUUUAUUUUUUGGUCACUUUUCAAGAGAAAAGCAAGACCGCUCCUCAGAGUUUGCUUCUUUCCUAUUUUGUGGGAAAAGUGGAUUUUUUUCCCCCUGUGUUGCACAAAAUGAAGCCUAUCAAUGUGAAGCGAAACCAGCUCUGAUUCUCUUUACGAUAUAAACGUUACUACAGAUAAAUCGUUUCAAGUACUCAGCCAGUUUGAGGAAAAAUCAUAAUAGUUUCAGAAAUAAAUGUCGGCUGUGAACUUCUUAAA